CGCUUUUAAUUCAUAAUGAGCUACAACAAGGUCUCGCUGGCCGCGUCCCCAGUGCUCUUUGCACUCAUGUGGCAGUUUAGGAGCGAGCCAUUAGCCGUGUGCACCUGCAUUUCGCUGCUAGCAGGACUGACAACCUGGUGCAUCAUACCGCUGGACAGUGCCGUCGUUCAAGCGCGUUGGACUGUCGGGGGUCGAUAUGGCAAAGCCCUCGCGCCCAUUGCUGGCUGAGAGCAUGGGCGUGCUGGCAGCGACAAUAUACCUGAUAGCGACGUUCCUGUUCAUUCCUGCGCAAUUCAGCGCACUGUGGUCGGCUGACUUGCAGACGCUGGCCAACACGAGGUUGUUUCCGUUCGACCGGCUCGGGAUGUAUCUGUCUGCGCUGCUGUCGCUGCAGAGUAUGGUGUUCCUGGGAUUUGCCGAUGAUGUGUUCGAUCUGCGGUGGCGGUUCAAGCUGUUUCUGCCGACGAUUGCGUCGAUUCCCGUACUGACCGUGUACUAUGUUGGAUACGGCGUAACACAUGUCAUGGUGCCAGUGUUUCUGCGCGAUAUCCUGGGAACCAAGACAGUCGAGCUUGGCGUGCUAUACUACGUGUACAUUGGGUUGAUGGCGGUGUUCUGCACCAACGCAAUCAACAUCCUCGCAGGCAUCAACGGUGUCGAGGUCGGCCAGUCGAUAGUCAUUGCCUUGUCCAUCAUCGCCAAGGACAUCGCCAACAUCAACAAUUCGAACCUCGAGGCACAGCAGAACCACAUGUUCUCCCUGUACCUGCUGCUGCCCUUUGUUUCGGUGUCCACGGCCCUGUACUACUGGAACGUAUAUCCAGCACGGGUAUUUGUCGGCGACACGUACUGCUAUUUUGCCGGCAUGACGUUUGCCGUAUGUGGAAUCCACGGCCACUUUUCCAAGACACUGCUGCUGCUGUUUGUGCCGCAAGCGUUCAACUUUGUGUACUCGGCGCCGCAGAUUUUUGGCUUUGUGCCGUGUCCUCGCCACCGGCUGCCCAAGAUGGCAGCUGGAUCGACGUACAUGGUCGCGAGCCGGACAACGCUGGAGGCUGCCAAGCCGCUGGGUCUACGCAUCCUGCGGCUGUACGAACUGCUCGGGAUCCUGGAUGUGGAGCGGGAUGAGGAAGGAAACAUGGUCAGCAUCAACAACCUGACACUGCUGAAUCUGGUGCUGGUCAAAUGCAAGCGUUUGACCGAGGCGCAGCUCAACAACCGCAUCUUGCUGAUCCAGGUGGCCAACUCGCUGCUGGCGUUCUUUAUUCGGUACCGCCUGUCCCAUCUUUUCUACUACUGA